AUGUACUCAAUAUUUCCAUUUUUGGAUAAGAAAGGUGAUGAAAGAAAAUUACCUUAUCGAAUCUGGUACCCAUUUGAUAUACAUGAAUCAUUAAUAAGAUAUAUAUUAACUUACGCAUACCAAACGAUUAGUGUUGUAAAUAAUGCUGUGCAUAAUGCGGCAAUUGAUACAAUCAUUUCUGGCCUAAUGGUCCAUAUUUGUGCUCAAUUAGCGUUGUUACAGAAUGAAAUUGAAAAUUUAAAAAUACUUAUUAAUGAACUAAUGAAAUUAAAGGCCACAAAUCACACAAAAUUUACAGCUAAAAGAAUUGAAUUUACAAGUCGAUGCGUUCAUUGUAUUUUUCACCAUAGAAAAAUUAAAGAGUUAAGUAUUGUUUUAAUGAAGUUUUUAAAUGAAACAGAAUCAAUUUUUACGUUUGGAAUAUUUGCACAGUUUUCUGCAAGUAUUUUAAUACUGUGUAUCACUGCAUUACAAUUAACUAUUGUUGCGCCGUUUACAUUUGAGUUUUUCGCUUUCAUUACAUAUUUAAUAUGUAUGCUAAGUCAAAUAUUUUUAUAUUGUUGGUAUGGAAAUGAAAUUAUACAUCAUAGUUUAUCAUUACCGAACACUGUUUAUGAAACAAAUUGGUAUGAAUCGGAUAAAAACUAUAAAAAAUAUGUUGAAUUUCUAAUAUUCCAUACACAACGGCCAUUAAAAUUACGUGUUGGAAGAUUUUUUACGUUAUCAUUACACACUUUUAUGGCGAUAUUAAGAAACUCUUAUUCUUAUUUUGCGGUUUUAAAUCAAAUGCAAAAUAAUUAA